AUGGGCCGCCGCCUGCCGGUGUGGCUGUGCGCCGUCGCGGCGCUGCUCUCGGGGGCGCAGGCCAAGGGCACCCCGCUCCUCGCGCGGCCCGCGCCGCCCGGUGCCCCCCGCUACAGCCUCUACACGACGGGAUGGCGCCCGCGGCUGCGCCCGGGGCCGCACAAGGCCCUCUGCGCCUACGUGGUGCACAGGAACGUGACCUGUAUCCUACAGGAGGGAGCAGACAGCUAUGUGAAGGCUGAGUACCGGCAGUGUGGAUGGGGGCCCAAGUGCCCCGGGACAGUCAUGUACCGCACAGUGCUCAGACCCAGAUACAAGGUUGGCUACAAGACAGUGACGGACCUCACCUGGCGGUGCUGCCCUGGCCUCACUGGAGAAGGCUGCCCCGAGCACCUCACCGACCAUGGGGCCUCCCCAGCCCAGCCAGAGCCUCAGCCCCAGAUUCCCUCGGGGCAGCUGGGCCCAGGGUCCCAGCCCCCUUCUUCUAGCAGAGCGGUCCCCAGCCCCUAUGGAAGAAAAGGUCCAGGGCUGUUUGGUGAGCGGCUAGAACGCCUGGAGGGUGAUGUCCAGCGCCUGGCACAAGCAUAUGGUACCCUCAGUGGCCUGGUGGCCAGCCAUGAAGACCCCAACAGGAUGACCAGUGGUCCCAGGGCUCCUGCCACCCCUGUGGGCUUCGGGAUCGUCUCUGAGGGGUUUGUGAAGCCCAGAGACAGAGCUGGAGGGCCACUCACACCCCCCCUGGAUGAGAUCUUGAGCAAGGUGACAGAGGUGAGCAACACGCUCCGGACCAAGGUGCAGCUGCUGGACAAGGUGCACGGGCUGGCCCUGGGUCACGAGGCUCACCUACAGCGGCUGCGGGAGGCCCCUCCGUCUCCACUCACCUCCCUGACGCUUCUGGAUGAGUACGUGGACCGACGGCUGCACCGACUCUGGGGGAGCCUACUGGAUGGCUUCGAACAGAAGCUGCAAGGUGUCCAGAGUUCCUGCGACCUGCGGGUGCAGGAGGUGCGGCAGCAGUGUGAGGAGGGUCAGGCAGCCAGCCAGAGGCUGCACCAGAGCCUGGAUGGCCGGGAGCUGGCCCUGCGCCGGGAGCUGUCACAGCUCGGGUCGAGGCUGCAGGGGCUGAGCAUGGCCGGAGGGGGCGGCUGCUGUGGCCGGCUGGCUUUGAUCAGCGCCCGUGUGGACAACCUCGAGAGGAACCUACAGGCUGUCACUGAGGCCCAGAGGGGCCAUGGCCCCCUCACCAGGGAUGAGCUGGAGCGGCUCUCUGCUGCCAUGCUCGAGGGGGGUGCGGACCGGCUGCUGGAGGGCCUGGAGACCCUCAAUGGGACGGAAGGCGGAGCGAGAGGCUGCUGCCUGGGGGGGGAGGAUGGGGGAUGGGACGUGGGCAGCUUCAGGACCCUGCUGGAAGAGCGAGUGCAGAGCCUAGAGGAGCGCCUGGUGACGCUGGCUGGGGAGCUGAGCCAUGACAGCGACCCACCGGGCAGGUCGGCCCGGCCCCGGGUGCAGACGGAGCUGGCGGUGCUGGAACAGCGGCUGGUUUCACUGGAGUCCUCGUGCACUCCCAGCACCACCUCGGCCAUCCUGGACACCCUUGCGGCAGAGGUGAAGGCCUGGCAGAGCCGGAGCGAGGCCCUCCUACACCAGGUGGCCAGCCACGCAGCCCUGCUCCGGCAGCUCAACGGCACCGUGGCUGAGGUCCAGGAGCAGCUGGCAGAAGCAACGGGCAGCUCACUCCAAGGCGAGAUCACCCUUCUCAAGGUCAAUCUGAACUCUGUGAGCAAGUCGCUCACGGGCCUCAGCGACUCCGUCAGCCGGUAUUCCGAUGCCUUCCUGGAGGCCAACUCCUCCCUGGACGAGCGAGAGCGCAAGGUGGAGGCUGAGGUGCACGCCAUCCAGGAACAGGUCAGCAGCCAGGGCUCUCGGCUUCAGGCCGGCCACAGGCAGGUCCUGAGCCUGCGGGGGGAGCUGGAGCGACUCAAGGCCGGCGUGGCCGAUGUGGCGGGCGGGCUGAGCCGCUGCCAGCACACAGCCCAGGACCUGCGGCACGUGCUGGGCCGCUUCGACCAGAGGGUGGCGCAGGUGGAGGGUGCCUGCGGGAGGCUGGGCCUACUGGCUGCCCACAGGGAGGGCCUGUGGGGCUACGUGGACCAGCUGAAUCGCACACUGGCUCAGCAUGCGCAGGACAUCGCCCGCCUCCGGGAUGACCUCCUGUACUGCCGGGCCCAGCUGGCGGAGCAGGCACGGCCCCGGCAAGCUGACUAG